UGUGCCAGCCUGGUGCUCUUCUUAGGUGUCUGUCUCCUUUAGGUGUCCAAACCUGUAAAUGCGUCUGUCAAUCUGGAGUUUAAGUGAAAGCGGCGUCCAGGCCCAAGAACCGGGCCUUGGCACUCGCAGACUAGUUGUAAACAUGCAUUGGGUGCGGGGCUAUCUAACCCCUCCUGUUUCAUCCUAUAGGACAGCUACAUGCUGGGAGCUCUGUCCUCCCCACUGGCAGCAGGUCAGUAACUCCUUUGCAAGAAACUGAUAGUAAUUCCUUGCCAUCUUCUCUGCAUGCACCCUGCCUCCUGUGAAGAUGGGUCUGUUCACUGGCAGCGGCCUGGGAAAGAGCCAGCGGCUGAUCUCCCAUACUACCACUAUAGAGCUCCCUCUGCUGAAGUGGAGAUGACAGCCUACGUCCUCCUUGCUCACCUCACCACGCAGCCAGCACCUUCGCAGGAGGAGCUGUCAUUUGCCUCUCUUAUUGCAAAAUGGAUCAGUGGUCAGCAGAAUCCCAAUGGAGGCUUCUCCUCCACCCAGGACACCAUUGUGGCUCUGCAAGCCCUCUCCCUGUACGGAGUCGCCACCUAUGCCAAGAGCGGAGCAGCUUCCAAAGUGACCCUGCGAUCUGGAGGGGACUUCCAGCAAGACUUCCACGUGGAUUCCUCAAACCGGCUGCUGCUCCAGCGCGUGCCCCUGCCCCAGGUGCCAGGGGAGUACAGCACAGAGGUGUCUGGCAAAGGAUGCGUCUACCUGCAGGUGAGGGCAGUGGGGCAAGUGCCGUCCUGGGAGGGGAGCCCUUUCUCAGGCACGAGCCAGGGGGAGAGAGGAAGGG